CAAGAGAAGGAACAUGGUUGGUAAAAUCUAUCACAUUCUUCUGCUCAACCUAAAAUAGAAUUCGUUUUUUAGAUAAUUUAUAUUGGGAGAUAAACCCAUCUGGAAAAUAGACUGAAAUAUUCUUUACAAAAAAAGCAGGCAUCAAGUCAAUAGACCAUUCUUUUAGCCCAAAAGGGGAAAAUUUGGAAAACCAAGUGCUACCGUCAAACAGUCCAAGUCGGUACUCCUAUGAUUGUUGACAAACAGGAGAGGAUGAAGAGAACUGCGAAGUACGGUAUUCAAUUUAUGAAUAAAUAUUGACAUGCGAGGCGGGUGGCCUGAGGCGAUUGAUUGCGGGCGACGCCAUCCAAGACAUUUUGCUAGUACACGAAAAUCAAGAACAAUACGGAAAUAUACCUAUGGAAAGGUUAAAUAUUCUUGUAUUUUGAUUAUUCAGGCUGGAAAGCUGUUUUCUGUAACAGCUGAGAUAAAGUUUGUUGAUAAAGAGUUCGUUGCUGACAGGUUUUCGUUUCUGAAAAUUCGGCGCGACGGUUAUUUUUGCUUUUGGGUGUAUUUGAACAUAUUCACAAAUAUUAUUUCAGAUAAACCAACCAUUUGCGUGUCGGAUGGAUAUAAACAAGUUUGUAACAUAAAUGGUUACCCAUCAAGUUUUUCACCGCGUCAACUUCAGUUAACCUUGAUCUUUAUUUUUACUAUUUUGUGUUAUAGCGGCAAUGGAAAUAGUGCAUCUCUUAAAAAUGAACUGUCUAGUUAUCACAGUUCUUUGAUGUAGCCAGUUUGACAGACCGGCGGACAGACAGCAAUGCUGAGAAAUAGUGACAAUGUAAUAAAAACACAUUUAUUUGUAAGUAAUGUACCUACAAUGAGUGGGCAUAGAAUUACAAUUUAAACUGAUCUUGUAAAUAGUGUUAAUCAAAAUACUAAAACCUUUUUAGAUUAUGCUACGGUGUAUCGCACAGACUUUAUAAUCAAAAAAUCUUUUAAUCAAUAACCUGUGGACUUGCAAAAUGCCAACAACAAAGGCCCAUAGCGAGUAUACCGACCAUUAUUCUUUUUUUUGGUCUCUCUUCGCCUGACUGUUAAUUAGAAUGGAAUUCUGGAUCCGUUUUGCGGCGAACGUCACCUUCGCUAAUUGCGUCUCAUUUAAAAAAAUACGGAACCCGCAAUUAACCCACAUCCUUUCACAAUGGACUCUGCUGAACGCUGUUGAAAUAGACUGAGUACUUUAUUAUCAUUUUGUUUCCUUGAAAACCAACUGGGAAUUAAUAGUUUUACAUUCUCUUUGAACAAACGUUAAUAUACGGGUUAAAUGUAUAUCUAUCUUUAAUUAAAAAAGAAAUGCAAUUUUUUGUGGGAAAUUGUAGAAAAAUGGUAAUUGGUGGCCGGGGCCAUACGCAGAACAAAAGCUAUGGAGAAUUUCAUAAGGUAUUUACUUCAUCAAAUUCACAGAAUUUUGAGUAUUUGAGUAGUACCAACAUAGUAAAUACGUCUUUAAACCGCCGUUUAAGCUCAAAUAUAAAUUAUGCAAACAAUCGUAAAAACUUAAAAAUAAAUAUUGACAUUAGGUAAAUUGUAUAUUUUGAAACUGCUCUCCCAACUGACAUAUAUUACGACACGUUGUCUACUGCUACAUGACAAAAACUGAAAAAGCAGACUCUAAAAGUCCUUCUAGGUAAGUAAAUCUUUCACAUUCCCACCGCUCAGAAUAAAAUAAAAAAAAAACUACCACUAACAUAAAGGAGUCUCCACUCCACUCUAAACGCUAUCUAUUCUGUAAGUCCAGGCUACUUUCAAAUUGCGAAUCUAUCAGAUCAGCACAACGGGCGCAGUACAGUAACACACUCAUAUUUUAUUCUCUCGGUAUACAACAAUUUGGGUAAUGGAAUUGCACCAAGUAGACUGUUUUAAAAUGAACAUGAGGUUUUGGAAGUUCCUCGCCAUUUGGCCCGAUAACGAUUCCAGCCGCUCGUACAAAUACUUUUCUAUACUAUUCAUUGGUAUCGUCGUCAUUCUCUACAAUGUCCUCUUUUCUAUUAGCUUUUAUUUCCUACCGAGACAGUUGGACCUAUUUAUAGAAGAACUGAUAUUUUAUUUCACUGAACUAUCUAUGUUUUCUAAAGUUAUGACCUUCGUUUUUAUGCGUAAGAAAAUUAAAGAGGUUCUGAGAAUUCUAGAAACUGAUAUAUUUCAACCGGACGAUGCUGAGGGUCUUGCUUUAGUAACAAAAGCUAAGAACUUCAUAAUGAUGUAUUAUAAAAUUGAUUUUAUUAUCUCUGGAACAUCGAAUUUUGCUCAUGUCGUUGCUCCGGUUUUAGGGCAUGUUAUAUUCAAAGCGGAACUUCUUCUUCCCGUGACCCGUUAUUCAUUUUUUUCUGAUGCAUUGACGCAAAAGUUCAUUUACAUCUUGUACGCGUAUCAGGCCGUUGGAAUUCAUUUCCAUAUGUUGUAUAAUAUCAAUAUCGAUACAUUCUUCGUGGGUUUAAUGAUUCUCAUAAUAGCACAAUUAGAUGUGCUUGAUGGAAAACUGCGGAGAGUAGCAGAUGUGGAACAAGAUACUGAAAAUGAAGGUGAAGUAUCAAGAGAGCCUGUUGACAAAAAUCGGAAAGCUGUUACAAAUUUAAAUGGAUGUAUCAUACAUUUUGACGAAAUUAGCAGAUUGUGCAGUCUAGUUGAAGAAAUUUUCAGCACUACAUUAUUUUGCCAAUUCAGCAUGGCAUCUUGUAUCAUAUGCGUCUGUCUCUUCAGAUUUACAAUGCCCGCACCGGUCCGAUACUACAUAUUUCUGGCCACAUACAUGUCUGCAAUGAUGCUUCAAAUAUUGAUACCAUGCUUUUUUGGGACAAGGCUGAUGGAUAAGAGCAACCUCCUUGUAUUCUCUACGUACAGUUGUGACUGGACUCCGAGAUCGCGUCAGUUUAAAAGCAAUUUGCGUCUCUUUGUAGAGAGAGCUAACAAGCCCCUCUCUUUAACUGGGGGGAAGAUGUUCUGCCUUUCUUUAAACUCUUAUACAUCUAUUAUGAAUUCUGCCUACUCAUUCUUUACACUUCUGCAACAUAUGCAAACUAGAGAGUAAGGACGACCACUGGCACUAUAUAAUUAUAUCCCAAUAUUUUAGCACUACAUACGCUUAAUUUUUAAUUUAAAAUUAUUCAGCUUUAAUCGUUUUCAAAGUACUAACACUUAAUUUACUGUUUAUUUAGAUUGGCAUCUCUUAAUUAAUAGUACAUUCAAUUUAUAUAUGAUUGAUUAACCUUUCAAGAUUAAAUUAAUUAAAUAACGCGAUGUUUCAUUUUAAGUUCAUGUAGCUCAAUUAAUUCGUAGCACGAAUGCCUAAUUAGAAUGUAAAAUAAAUAGA